AUGUAUCUGGUCCUGCACUCUCAGACCCGGCAGGGCCCUCUGCCGGCUCGGUCCUACCGUCGUGCCCGCAUCCAGCCCACCACACAGCGUGCGGCUCUGUCUGGGAGCAUCCCGCGUCCCGUCACACCUCCACCUCCUACUGCAGACGUGGCCGUCCCCCACGGGCUUUCCCCAGAGUUCAAGCCUUUGCGUCUGGAUGCCUGCUGGCUGGCUCCUCCGUUCGGGCUCUCAGUCAGCACCUCCCGCCUCCCCUCGGCCCCCUGGCCCGUCUGGCUCGCGGCCAUCCCCACUCAGCCGUCCCCCGAGGGCACAGUCUCAACUGCUGGGCAUCGGGGCGUCUGCCCUUCAUCUGCUACAUCCGCAGUAAUUCCACAGCUUAGCAGUUCAGGAGACGCUGGCACGCCUGAAGCCAUGGCCCCCGUCAUUGUGGUCCCCCCGAGCAACAGGAGUGUGGUGGCCGGGUCCAGCGAGACCACCUUGGAGUGCAUCGCCAACGCCAGGCCCGUCGAGGAGCUGAGUGUGACCUGGAAGAGAAAUGGGGUGAGGGUCACCAGUGGGCUCCACGGCUUCGGGAGGCGCCUCACCAUCAGCAACCCGACCUCCUCGGACACCGGAGUGUACGUCUGUGAGGCGGCCCUGCCAGGCAGCGCUUUCGAGCCCGCCAGAGCCAAAGCCUUCCUUUCUAUCAUAGAGCCACCGUAUUUUACUGCGGAACCUGAGAGUCGGAUAUUAGCGGAAGUGGAAGAAAACGUGGACAUCGUGUGUGAGGCCAUGGGGGUCCCUCCUCCCACCCUCCAGUGGUUCAAGGAUGCCGUCUCCAUCAACAAGCUCCGGAACCCUCGGUACCAACUGCUAGCUGGUGGAGGCCUACGUGUCCGGCAGCUGCGUCCAGAGGACUCGGGGAUCUUCCAGUGCCUGGCCAGCAACGCGGGCGGGGAGGUCCAGACCCACACCUACCUGGACGUCACCAAUGUGGCCCCAGCCUUCACCCAGCUCCCAGUGGACACCACGGUGACCGACGGGAUGACAGCCGUGCUCAGGUGUGAGGUGUCCGGGGCUCCCAGGCCGGCCAUCGUGUGGAGGAGAGGAAACCACGUUCUGGCCAGCGGCUCUGUGCGGAUCCCCAGGUUCAUGCUCCUGGAGUCUGGGGGUCUGCAGAUCGCCCCGGUCUUCAUCCAGGAUGCUGGCAACUACACCUGCCACGCCGCCAACUCAGAGGGCUCCCUGAAUGCAUCCGCCACGCUCACUGUGUGGAACCGAACAUCCAUCGUGACCCCUCCGGAGGACCUCGUGGUGAUCAAGGGGACCAUGGCCACGCUGCGCUGCGGAGCCACCCACGACCCACGCAUCUCUCUCCGCUACGUGUGGAAGAAGGACAACGUGGUCAUCGCCCCAUCCAGCAGCUCGAGGGUCGUGGUGGAGAAAGACGGGUCCCUCCUCAUCAGCCAGACGUGGUCGGGCGACAUCGGGGACUACACGUGUGGGGUGGUCUCCGAGGGUGGGAACGACUCCAGGACAGCGCGCCUGGAGGUGAUUGAGCUGCCUCAUUCACCCCAGAACCUCGUGGCCACCCUGAGCCCUGCCCACAGCCACGCCGUGGUGCUCUCCUGGGUCCGGCCCUUCGACGGGAACAGCCCUGUUCUUCACUACAUCGUGGAGCUGUCCGAGAACAACUCUCCCUGGAAAGUGCACCUGUCAGACGUCGGCCCCGAGAUGACGGGCGUCACGGUGCGCGGCCUGACCCCGGCUCGCACCUACCAGUUCCGAGUGUGCGCCGUGAACCAGGUGGGCAAGGGCCAGUACAGCGCGGAGACGAGCAGACUGAUGCUCCCCGAGGAGCCACCCAGCGCUCCCCCGAAAAACAUAGUGGCCAGUGGGCGCACCAAUCAGUCCAUCAUGGUCCAGUGGCAGCCGCCCCCAGAGACGGAGCACAACGGAGUGCUCCGUGGAUACAUCCUCAGGUACCGCCUGGCCGGCCUGCCCGGGGAGUACCAGCAGCGGAACAUCAGCGGCCCCGAGCUCAGCUACUGCCUGGUGACCGAGCUCAUCGUCUGGACCCAGUACGAGAUACAGGUGGCUGCCUACAACGGAGCCGGCCUGGGCGUCUUCAGCAGGGCCGUGACUGAGUACACCCUGCAAGGAGUGCCGACUGCGCCCCCGCAGAACGUGCAGGUGGAAGCCGUGAACUCCACGACCAUCCAGUUCCUGUGGAACCCUCCGCCUCAGCAGUUCAUCAACGGCAUCAACCAGGGAUACAAGCUUCUGGCUUGGCCGGACGAUGUCCCCGAAGCUGUCACUGUCGUCACCAUCGCUCCAGAUUUCCACGGAGUCCACCAUGGGUACAUCACCAACCUGAAGAAGUUUACAGCUUACUUCACAUCAGUUCUGUGCUUCACCACCCCCGGGGACGGGCCCCCGAGCACGCCACAGCUCAUAUGGACGCAUGAAGACAAACCAGGAGCUGUGGGCCACCUGAGUUUCACGGAGAUUCUAGACACAUCUCUCAAGGUCAGCUGGCAGGAGCCCCUGGAGAAAAAUGGCAUCAUUACAGGCUAUCAGGUCUCCUGGGAGGUGUACGGGCAGAGCGCCUCGCGGCUCACACUCACCCUCAACAGCUCGACGCUCGAGUACAAGAUCCAGGGGCUGUCCUCCCUUACCACCUACACCAUCGACGUGGCGGCCGUCACCGCCGCGGGCGCCGGCAUGCCCACCUCGUCCACCAUCUCUUCCGGGGUGCCCCCAGAACUUCCCGGUGCCCCAUCCAAUCUGGUCAUUUCCAACAUCAGCCCUCGCUCGGCCACGCUCCAGUUCCGACCGGGGUAUGACGGGAAGACGGCCAUCUCCAGGUGGAUUGUGCAGGGACAGGUUGGGACCAUCGGGGACGAGGAGGAGUGGGUCACCCUCUGCGAGGAGGAGAACGAGCCGGACGCCCAGACGCUGGAGAUCCCGGACCUCACGCCCUACACUCACUACCGGUUCCGAAUGAGGCAGGUGAACGUCGUCGGCGCCGGGCCCUUCAGUCAGUCCUCACGGGUCAUCCAGACGCUGCAGGCGCCCCCAGACGUGGCCCCCACCAGCAUCACCGUCCGCACUGCCAGUGAGACCAGCCUGCGGCUCCGCUGGGUGCCACUGCCGGACUCGCGGUACAACGGGAACCCCGAGUCCGUGGGCUACAGGAUUAAGUACUGGCGCCCGGACCUGCCCUCUGUGGUGCUGGCCCAAGUCAUCAGUGACCGGCUGGAGCGGGAGUUCACGGUCGAGGGGCUGGAGGAGUGGACGGAGUACGAGCUGCAGAUGCAGGCCUUCAACGCCAUCGGCGCCGGGCCCUGGAGUGCGGCCGUGCGGGGCCGGACCCGGGAGUCGGUUCCUUCAGCCGCCCCUGAAAACGUGUCAGCCGAGGCCGUCAGCUCCACCCAGAUCUUACUGACGUGGGCCUCGGUCCCCGAACCGGACCAGAACGGGCUCAUCCUGGGCUACAAGAUCCUGUUCCGGGCCAAAGACCUGGACCCCGAGCCCCGGAGCCGCGUGGUGCGCGGGAACCACACGCAGUCGGCGCUGCUGGCGGGCCUGGGCAAGUUCGUGCUCUACGAGCUCCAGGUGCUGGCCUUCACCCGCAUUGGGAACGGGGUCCCCAGCGCGCCCCCCAUCCUGGAACGCACCAAAGACGACGCCCCAGGCCCGCCCGUGAGGCUCGUGUUCCCGGAGGUGAGGCUCACGUCUGUGCGGAUCGUGUGGCAGCCUCCAGAGGAGCCCAACGGCAUUAUUCUAGGCUACCAGAUCGCCUACCGCCUGGCCAGCAGCAGCCCCAACACCUUCACCACCGUGGAGGUCGGUGCCACAGUAAGGCAGUUCACGGCCACCGAGCUGGCCCCAGAGUCCGCGUACAUCUUCCGGCUGUCGGCCAAGACCAGGCAGGGCUGGGGGGAGCCGCUGGAGGCCACGGUCAUCACCACCGAGAAGAGAGAGCGGCCCGCGCCCCCCAGGGAACUCCAGGUGCCCCAGGCCGACGUGACGGCGCGCAGCCUGUGUCUGCGGUGGGUGCCCGGCAGCGACGGUGCCUCCCCGAUCCGGUACUUCACGGUGCAGCUGCGUGAGCUCCCCGGGGGCCAGUGGCAGACCUACUCCUCGUCCAUCAGCCACGAGGCCACGGCCUAUGUUGUCGAAAGGCUGAGGCCCUUCACGUCCUACAAGCUGCGUCUGAAGGCCACCAAUGACAUUGGGGACAGCGACUUCAGCGCUGAGACGGAGGCAGUGACCACGCUGCAGGAUGUCCCCGGGGAGCCCCCACGCUCCGUGUCCGUGACGCCACGCACCACCUCGUCUAUUCUGAUCCAGUGGCAGCCCCCGAGGGACGAGAGCCUGAACGGCCUCCUGCGGGGUUACCGGAUCUACUACCGCGAGCUGGAGUACGAGGCGGCCCCCGUCACCGAGUCCAAGACGCUCAAGACGCCCUCCGCUCUGCGGGCCGAGCUCACGGCCCAGAGCAGCUUCAAGACCGUCAACAGCAGCUCCACCGAGACGACCUACGAGUUAACACAUCUGAAGAAAUACCGGCGCUACGAAGUGGUCCUGACGGCCUAUAACGUCAUUGGCGAGGGCCCGGCCAGCGCGCCUGUGGAGGUCUUCGUCGGCGAGGCCGGAGUGCGGGACCCUGGGUGCGGGAAGGGGGAUGUCUGUCACCUGCUGUCUCUGGCCGGACCUGAGCACUGGCCCCGGCCCCAAGUCAGCCUGACUGUAACAGCCGCUCCCCCAUCUCUGAAAGCCGUACAGAUCCAUGUUAGUCCCCCUUUCAGGCAAGCGUCCAGCCUGGGGGCAGGGAGCACGUUCUCCAGCCAAGUGGCCACCGCCCGCCUCCCCCAGCCCUGGCUUCUCCCCCGACAGACGCCCCUCAGCCAUCGGCAGGCCCGCUUGGGCAGGAGACCCGGGAGCACUGGGGCUGUAGCAGCCAGCCGGACGGCCGUGGACGGCUGCCCACCUCCAGGCUCAUGUCCUGGGUCUGUGGUUGUCCUGGGUCAUUUUAUGACGCCCCUCAGCCAUCGGCAGGCCCGCUCCCCCAGCCCCCGUCGGCCUCUGACUUGCUUCCCAUCUGUGGCUUCGCUGCUCCGGGUGCUCCAUGGACACGGGCCGGAGCCGCGUUUGUCCCCUUUACCCGGCUUCCGUCUCCCGGCGUGUCUCCCCGGCUCACCCGAGCUGCAGCAGGCGGCAGACUCGGUUCCUUCUCGUGGGGAGGACUCUCCUCUGGGUGCAGACUGCAUGUUUGCUGUCAGCCCAUCGGUGGACGUCUGGGGUGUCUCCCCCUCUUGGAGAACGUCCUGGAAGGAGGACGCCAUGCUUUCAGCACUGCUGCCCCGUACCUGUGGCCGUCCAUUCGCUGCCUCUCGCAACCCAGGGGCCCUUGUGACCCUGCUGACUCCAGCCCAGCACGCCCCCGCCCAGGCCCCGCAGCGCGUGCAGGUGAACCCGCUCACUGCCAGCCAGCUGGAGGUUUCGUGGGAGCCGCCGCCACCUGAGAGCCAGAACGGGAACAUCCAGGGCUACAAGGCAAGCCCCUCGCGUGGCGGUCUUCCCUCCCCGCCACCUGUGGACGAGGGCCAGUGGCCUGGACACCCCCCAGCUCACGGCCACCCCCAGCUCUCGCCACCCUCUGCGUCCUGCGCCAGAACACAGCAGCCCUCACCCACAGAGCAUGUGGGGCCCCUGGCACCUCAGCCGCAGAGCCCCCCGAAGCAGCUGGCCUGGGCUGCCCUGCCGGGGCUCACGCUGCCCAUGGCCUCCUCUCCUCACCCAAGUCCCCUGUGGCCUGGGGGGCUUUGUGAGGCUGGCCAGGACUCCCAAAAGAAAGGCUGCUGGGCCUGGGGUCCCGGGAGCUCCGAGGGGCUCCGUGAGAUCCAGAGGGUCAAAGUCCAGCAAAAUGACUACAGCCGGAUUGUAAGGGCCGCGCCCUUGGGGCCUGGCCGGCGGUUCCUGCAAGGCCGGGAAGGGGCCAUCGUGGACUCUGAGCGGGAAGCAGGCGGGCGGAGCUGUGGGGCUGAGACUCCCGGGACCCCCAGCUUUUUGACGUUCUCGGAAAUAACCUCCACCACGCUGAAUGUCUCGUGGGGCGAGCCCGCGGCGGCCAACGGCGUCCUGCAGGGCUACCGAGUGGUGUACGAGCCGCUCGCGCCGGUCCAAGGGGUCAGCAAAGUGGUGACCGUGGACGUGAAGGGGAACUGGCCCCGCUGGCUGAAGGUGCGGGACCUCACCAAGGGCGUCACCUACUUCUUCCGCGUGCAGGCGCGGACCAUCGCCUACGGGCCCGAGCUGCAGGCCAACGUCACGGCUGGGCCGGCCGAGGGGUCCCCAGGCUCCCCUCGAGAUGUCUCGGUCACCAAAUCCACCUCUGAGCUGACCCUGCAGUGGACGGAGGGCAGGCCGGGCAGGACACCCACCACGGGCUACGUCAUCGAGGCCAGACCCUCAGACGAAGGCCUGUGGGACAUGUUUGCCAAGGACAUUCCGCGGGGCGCCACGUCCUACACCGUCAGCCUGGACCAGCUCAGGCAAGGAGUGACCUACGAGUUCCGUGUGGUGGCCGUGAACCAGGCGGGCUACGGGGAGCCCAGCAGCCCCUCCGCCACUGUGUCAGCUCAGGUGGAGACGCCGUUCUACGAGCAGUGGUGGUUCCUCCUGGUGAUGGCGCUCUCCAGCCUGCUGGUCAUCCUGCUGGUGGUGUUCUCACUGCUGCUGCACGGCCAGAGCAAGAAGUACCGCAACUGCGGCGCAGGUAAGAGCAUCUCCAACAUGGAGGAGUCCGUGACCCUGGACAACGGGGGGUUUGCCGCCUUGGAGCUCAACAGCCGCCACCUCAACGUCAAGAACACCUUCUCGAAGAAGAACGGGACCAGGUCCCCGCCCCGGCCGAGCCCCGGCGGGCUGCACUACUCGGACGAGGACCUCUGCAACAAGUACAACGGCGCCGCGCUGACCGAGAGCGGGGCCCUCCAGGAGAAGCCGGGCGACGCCACGGAGUCCGAGGUCACCGACUCCGAGUCCGAGGACGCGCCGCCCCAGCACUCGUUCGUCAACCACUACCUGAGCGACCCCACCUACUACAACUCGUGGAAGCGGCGCGCGGGCGCGGCCCCGCACAGGUACGAGGCGGUGGCGGGGGCGGAGGCCGGGCCGGCCCCGCGCGCGGUCGUCACCACGCAGAGCGCCGUGUUCGCGCCCGCGGCCCGCGGCGCCCGGACUCCGCUCACCGGCUUCUCGUCCUUCGUGUGA